AUGCGCGUGCUAGCAUUCAUCCCCGUUCUCGCGGCUGUCGCCUCCGCUGGUUGCACCCGUCGCAGCUCACAAAAGCCAGCCCCUACUGGAACCGCCCAAGGCGAAGGCGGCGCCUGGUCCCAAUGCGGCGGCCCUGCUGAGGGCUCAUUCUCUGGAAGCGCGAUCCUCAAGGCCGUCCCACUCACCACUUCCACCUUCUCUUCUAGUGCCGCUCCUGUGACCACCACUCUCAAAUCCUCGAGCGCCCCAGCCUCCAUUCGCUCAACGACCACGUCCUCUUCGAGCUCCGCUCCUAUAGCCACCACUCUCAAAACCUCCGAGUCGACCGUCCCGACUUCCGUCAGCUCAACGACCCUUGAAUCUUCCACUGGCGCCCCCUCCGCCACAACUGUUCCUUCCAAUCCGAACCCGACCGUCCUGGAAUCAGGCUGGUACUGGAUCCGUGCCGUCGCCGCUCCCAACUUCCACAAGUACCUUCAAGGUGGCGCCUCUUCGGCUGGUUCCUCCAACCAGACCGCCCUCCUCGAAGACCACACCACCGCAGGCCAAUUCAACAUCAUCGACGGCCAACUUGUGUUCAACACCAAGCCUGCUCAGCUUUACCUCAACGUUGAGAACCCUACCGAUAAGACACAGAGGAAGCUCAAGACCUGGUUUAGCACGACGAAGAACGCCUACGGCACGUUCAAGUUCCAGGGUGAUACCCUGACGUGGUCAGUGGCGGAUAUCAAGAGGCAGAAUGAAGCCGCUUGGUUGGUGUGCACGGGACAGGAGGUCUUCAUCAACACGGGCGCGUACUUGUAUCAGACGCCGGCUGGGUGCUCGGAUCAGACUAUCCACUCGUAUGGUGGCUCGACUGCUAAUGUCUAA